AUUCCUCAUUGUAUUCUCAAGCUGGAAUUAAGCAUCACCGUGUUCUGGAGUUUACUGUGAAGAUACAUUUAGUCUCAGGUAUAGGAGGUGUGUGUUUAUCACAAUGAGCUUUUCAUUCUCAUUGUGUGUUUUAAUACUGCUAUUAGGUGAAACCAUUAACGGACAAACAUCAGACCCCUGCGAAACUUACAAUGUGCUGGAAGACCGUAGGAGAGCCACCAACAACUUGUAUUCCUCUGAAAUAAUGUGCGACUGUGAGAUUAACUGGAACGGCUGGUACCGUCUGCUUUAUGAAGGUCAGAGUGUUCAGAUGCCAGACACAUGUGUUGAUGAGUAUAGCUGCGGCACUCAUGCUCCAUUAUGGCUGAGCGGAGGACAUCCAAAACUUGAGGAUGGAGUGGUCUCUCGAGAUAUCUGCGGUCACUAUGAAAAUGACUGCUGCUCCUUUAAAUCCAACCCUAUUCAAGUCAAAGCCUGUCCUGGAGAUUAUUUUGUCUACGAGCUAGUGAAACCCUCUUUCUGCUUUCUGGCAUACUGUGCAGAUGUUAGGAACUUCAACACCAGCUACACCAUUACAACUGUGGUUCCUCCUGCUGACCCCUGCACCAGCUACAAUGCCCUGGAUGACCCAUGGAGAGCCACCAGCAAUCAAUAUUCCUUUGAAAUAAUGUGCGACUGUGAGGUUAACUGGGACGGCUGGUACCGUCUCUUCAUUAAUGGUCAGAGUGUUCAGAUGCCAGACACAUGUGUUGAUGAGCAUAGUUGCGGUACUCAUGCUCCAUUGUGGCUGAGCGGAGGACAUCCAAAAAUUGAGGAUGGAGUGGUCUCUCGAGAUGUCUGUGGUCAAUGGAGCAACAACUGCUGCUAUUUCCAGUCCAAUCCCAUUCAAGUCAAAGCCUGUCCUGGAGGUUUUUAUGUCUAUGAGUUUGUGAAGCCAGAGUUCUGCUCUUUGGCAUAUUGUGCAGAUGUAAGGAAUAUAAACACUACAUUUACUACUGUCAAUCCAAACACAAUGUUUACCACAGAAACGACAACCAUGGAGAUAAUGACUGAAUACACCACUUCAGAAACAACACCAAUAGAAAGCAAACUGACAGAAGGCAUCACAACUGGCAUCCCCAUUACAGACAAUCAAGCUGCAACAGGUGAAAAGGUCAUCACAGGUGCCACAACAACAAAAAGUACCACCAUGGACAUUACAGCAAGCGAAAACAUGACAACAAUGACCACAACUUCAGAAUCUACAACAACAGAAAGUACAACAACAGCUCUAAGCACAGAAAGCAGCACAACUCCAGGAAGCACAAGAACUUCAGAAAGUACCACAAAAGUUGAAGCCCCCACAGUGGCUACAAUAACUGAGACUACAGCAACUGAAAGAAUAACAAGAGAGGAAAGCACAACUACAGAGAGUAUGAAAGUACCUCUAGAAACUCUAGUAACUCUAGAAAGUACAACAUCUGAGGGCACCACACAACUGGUCAUCAAAACUGAGACCCCAGUAACAGAAGGCACAACAACUGUUAAUAGAGAAAGUACCACAACUGAGACGACAACCGAAAGCCCCACAACUGGCACCACAACUGCUGAAAGUACCAAAACUGAGACCACAACACCUGAAAGAACAAUAACUGGAACCACAACUUCUGAAAGUACCACAACUGAGACACCAACAACCGAAGGCACCUCAACUGGCACCACAACUCCUGAAAGUACCACAACUGAGACCACAACAAGCGAAAGAACCACAACUGGCACAACAACUCCUGAAAGUACCAUAACUGAGACCACAACAAGCGAAAGCACCACAACUGGCACCACAACUGAGACCACAACAACCGAAAGCACAACAGCUCGCACCGCAACUCCUGAAAGUACCACAACUGAGACCACAACAACCGAAAGCACCACAACUGGCACCACAACUCCUGAGAGUACCAUAACUGAGACCACAACAACCGAAAGCACCACAACUGGCACCACAACUGAGACCACAACAACCGAAAGCACAACAGCUCGCACCGCAACUCCUGAAAGUACUACAACUGAGACCACAACAACCGAAAGCACCACAACUGGCACCACAACUCCUGAAAGUACCACAACAACUGAGACCACAAAAACAGAAAGCACCACAACUGGCACCACAACUCCUGAAAGUACUACAACUGAGACCACAACAAACAAAAGCACCACAACUGGAACCACAACAACAGAAAGCACCACAACAGGCACCACACCUCCAGAAAGUACCACAACUGAGACCACAACAACCGAAAAUACCACAACUAGCACCACAACUCCAGAAAGUACCACAACUGAGACCACAACAACCGAAAGCACCACAACUGGCACCACAGCUCCUGAUAGUACCACAACUGAGACCACAACAACCGAAAGCACCACAACUCCUGAAAGUACCACAACUGAGACCACAACAACCGAAAGCACCACAACUGGCACCACAACUCCUGAAAGUACCACAACUGAGACCACAACAACCGAAAGCACCACAACCGGCACCACAACUCCAGAAAGUACCACAACUGAGACCACAACAACUGAAAGCACCACAACUGGCACCACAACUCCUGAAAGUACCACAACUGAGACCACAACAACCGAAAGCACCCCAACUGUCACCACAACAACCGAAAGCACCACAACUGGCACCACAACUCCUGAAAGUACCACAACUGACACCACAACAACAGAAAGCACAACAACUGGCACCACAACUCCUGAAAGUACCACAACUGAGACCACAACAACCGACAGCACCACAACUGGCACCACACCUCCAGAAAGUACCACAACUGAGACCAUAACUACCGAGAGUACCAUAACUGGCACCACAACUCCAGAAAGUACAACAACUGAGACCACAACAACCGAAAGCACCACAACUGGCACCACAACUCCAGAAAGUACUACAACUGAGACCACAACUGAAAGCACCACAACUGGCACCACAACAACAGAAAGCACCACAACUGGCACCACAACUCCAGAAAGUACUACAACUGAGACCACAACUGAAAGCACCACAACUGGCACCACAACAACAGAAAGCACCACAACUGGCACCACAACUCCUGAAAGUACCACAACUGAGACCACAACAGCCGAAAGCACAACAACUGGCACCACAACUGAGAGCACAACAACCGAAAGCACCACAAACCACAACAACCGACAGCACCACAACUGGCACCACAACAACAGAAAACACCACAACGGCACCACACCUCCAGAAAGUACCACCACUGAGAGAAUAACUACCCGAGAGUACCAUAACUGGCACCACAACUCCAGAAAGCACAACAACUGA